UCGAAAAGCUUCCUGAUGGAUUUCUCAUGCACCAGCUAGAAGAGUACCCUGUAAUUCAACGUGUUCAAAAGUAUCUCUCACAGAGGAUUUCUACCCUUGAUGUGGACACAUUGCACGAACUUCAUUAUCAAAUGAUUACGUUUGGAAAGGUGUUCUGCACAAAAGAGAAACCAAAUUGCGGCUCGUGUCCACUUAAGGAAGAUUGCAAACAUUAUGCUAGUAAAUUUGGAAGUAAACUCAUUAUGCAAGAAGAUAUGGAAGACAUGUUCCAUGAUCCUAAGGUACCUCCAGUGAUCAAAGAAGGAGAGCUUUUGUCAAAAGCGUGGAACUACAUGAGUGAGAAGAAUAUCCCACUGAACCAAAAUGCUGUUUCCCAAGCAUUGAUUGCAGUAUCUUCUGGAGAAGCAUCAUCAUCCAUUAGUACCCGAAGAUUUGCUGAGAGGUUUAGGACAGAACACAAAGUGUAUGAACUUCCAGAUUCGCACCCACUAGUACAAACGAUGGUAAAAAGAGACCCUGAUGAUGGACUUCCUUACCUUCUUGCUAUAUGGCCACUAGGGGAAACCUUGAAUGCACUGGUUAAGGAGAAAGAAAAAUGUCAUCCAUUGAUAUCAAGUGAUUCACGGGAAGAGGGAGAAGAAAUGGUGUUUGGAACACUUCUGGUUCCAUGUCGGACUGCUACAAGAGGGUCGUUCCCACUUGACGGAACAUUUUUCCAGACCAACGAGGUAUUUGCAGAUGACGAGAGUAGUAGAAACCCACUGGUUUUGCCCACAAAGUCAUUAAUAGAUCUGAAAACAAAGACGCUGCUUUGUGGAACCACGAUAACAGCCAUCUUCAAAGGUAUGUCAAGGCAGAAAAUUAAAGAUUGCUUUUGCAAAGGAUACAUUUGUAUACGAGGUUUCUCCAUGACAACGAGGGCACCAAGACCUCUGCACCAACAAUUCCACCCUACACUUUCCAAGGUAGUAAAAGAUCAACGGGGCAGUAAAAUCACCAAAACGAUAAAACUCUAG